CGGUGAUCGUAGACAACCUGUCAGGAUCGCCAUUGAUCUACCAGAGUGCGCCUCGGAUUCCCUCAUGACACCUAGGUCGCACCGACGCCGUCGUGCCAUGCGCGCACAUGCAGGAUAGGGUGAGACCGGGAGCACGGCAGAGAAUAAGGUGUAUAUAUGGGCAUUUAAAAAGCCUCCAGGUCGACCAGCAUAGGACAGACGGUUAUCCUCUUUGGGCUAAAAGUCGUAUUGGAAACAACAUUUUUGGAUUCUUGUUACUGAGUGUCUAUAAAUUGACUGGUACCUAG